AUGGAUAUGGCGCGAGCCGUUGCAAAUACCCGAGUCAACGGUGACGGCCAAGAGGCGUACCAGGCGACUCCUGACGCUGCCGUGGCAGCUGAAUUCAGCGAUCCUAUUAAUAGCAAAACUUAUACCACGACGGGCGUCAAUGACGACGAAGUCAAAAACAUCUCGGCGGCCGCAGCUGCGGCGGCGAUUGUCGAUGCGGAGGAAGUCCCCAGGUCCGAAACGCCGGUAGCUGUUCAGAAUAAGGCCCUCCAGGUGGUUCCCGAGUCGGAGACUGCCGCCCACAUCACGCCUCUCGAGACACCCAUUGGCGAAGAUCUACCCAAACGCUCCAACAGACCUGAAGGUCACCGAACCGAUAGCAUUGUAACGAUUUCCAACCUUGACAUUCCCGGUCAGUUUCCCAAGGGAGGUUCCACCGCCAACGGAAGCACUACCAAUGCUACCGCAUGA